AUGGAUAAGGUAACUCAAUUUUUUGGGUUUUCAAGAGAAUUUUUACUUUUCUUAAUCCAAAAUUUGAUAAAAUAACAAUUUAAGCUUUCAAUUUUCAGCCAGAAGAAGAGGCUUCACCAAAAAACUACUGUUUGACCGCGGAAAUUGACUUUGUUCUGGUAUACGAGGAGAACAGUGAAAAGACGAAAAAGGCGGAACGUCGAAAAGAUUUUGAAGAAAAUUUGACCAGAAUUGGUCUGAAGUUACAAGAAGGCCCCGUUUUACAGAACAGUAAGUAUUUUAGUUCUUUUAGCUUGUUUAACUUAUUAAAAAUUUAAAAACUUCAAAAUUUUAGUAGUAUUAUUAGAGUAUUAAAAAGUAUUGUCGUGAUAUAUUAAAAGUUAAAAAUGAGUGUUUAGAUUCGACCAAGUACAAUACCGUAUUGAUUCACUGUCCAUUCAAGAUUUUAUGUCGCCAAGCUGAACUUCAUCACAUUCGAAAGCCAACUUUAUUCAAUGAUUUUAAUGUAAGUCAUUUUUUUUGAUUUUUAGUUUUUUAAAUAUUCAGGGUAGGGUAGGGGAAGGUAGGGAAGGAGUGCAUGGUAGGGCAGGGAAGGACAGCGCAGAAGGUAAUGCAGGACAUGGCAGUGUAGGGCAAUGCAUGAAAACGCAGUGUUGGGUCGGGUACAGUAGGGUAGGGCAGGGUACUAUAGAGUAGGUCAGAACGGAAUGUGGUAUGAGAGUCCUUAAAAGCGGGGUAGAUUAUUGAAUGAGAAGAGAAAACUGAUAAGCAUUUUAAAAUGACCAAUUUUAGAAAAAGUACAGGAAAAGAGAAUGCCAAAUCUUUCCAAAUCUUCAAAAACUGCCGGACGAGGUUUUCAACCGAUGGAGAAUGUCAGACUUUUUUUAUGAAGAAUUCAAUCACAAACGCAUUGAAAAGUAAGGCUUUUGUAACAUUAUGUUGUUCAAAUAAUUCUGUGCUUUCUAGCCCCGAAAGUUUACUUUGUGAGGGGGCACACAAUUAUUUGAACAAAUUAAUAUUGAAUAAACCAACAAAAAUUGACAAAAUUGAUGUUUAGGUACAUUGGCUCAUCAGACGAAGCCAAUUUCUUUACAUCAGCUGAACGAAGUCGAAUUACGUAUGAUUUGUUACUACGAACACGGCACGAUGCCAACAAUGAAAAGAACCUUGAGUUUGGCAUUGAAAGACUUAUCUCGGAGAAUGUUUAUCACUGCUGUUUUCCACUUCAUGAGGUAGGGUUUUGACAAAGCUUUUUAGAUAUUUUUGUAUUACAAUGGAAGUUCUGUAUAACGAAUCGCUCGAGGAUUUGAAAGUUGUUCGUUAUACAGGAGUUUUGGUAUAAAGGAGCUUGUUUUGUUUUUUAAAUGAAAUUUCAGAGCUUUCAUUACUCGGAUCAAGAUGAAAUCGUCGAUAUGAAUGAUCGAGAAGUGCUUUACCGAUAUUGGACUAAAAUUACAAACUUUAUCAGUGCUCAGCCAUUGGAUCUCAUAAAGUAAGUUUGGCGUUUUACUAGGUAGAGUAGGGUAAAGUAAGGUGAGUUAGAGUAAGGUAACGUAGGGUAGAGUAGGAUAUGGGAGGGUAGGAUAAGGUAAGAUAGGGUAAUGUAGAAUAGGAAUUGGUAAGGUAGGGUUGAGUAGGGCAGGGUAGGGCCUUGUUUAGCUUUUUUAUUAAAUCAAUAUAGUUUUAAAAAUGACUUUAUAUUAAUAAUGAUUUUAGGAAGUACUUCGGAUCGAAAAUUUCGUUUUAUUUUGCUUGGCUCGGUUUCUACACGCGAUCUUUGAUGUACAUGGCCGCGAUUGGAGUUUUGUUCUGUUUUGCUGGCAUCUUCUUUUCGGUUUUUGAUGUACCAAGGUAAACUUAUUUUUAAAGUAAUGUUAUUUUUACAAAAGGAUGGUGGUGUAUAUGGGAUAGUACGUUAGAGUAACUUAUGUUAGGUGUAGUGUAGGGUACGGUAGAACAGGGCAAGGAAGGGUUGUGCAGAGUAAGACAAGUCAAGGCAAGAGUGGUUAGGGCAGAGUAUUUAGUGCUCAGUAAUGGGAUGUUGUAAGUUGAUGCAUGACAGGAUAGCGAUGAGCGGAUUUUUUAAAAAUUUAUAUUGUUUUAGUGACCAAAUAUGCAACAAAAGUUACGGUGGUAAGAUAUACUUGUGUGCGUUGCAUAAACAUGUCGAAGGAAACAAGCUACAGACUUUUUAUCACAGCUGUCUUUAUGCUAAAGUGAGUUUGUUUGUUUUUAAACUUUUUUGAAAAACUUAAUUUUUUUUAAUUUUGAACUUUGUAAAAAUUUAAAAAUUUUGAUUUUUUUUUAAUUUUAAAAAUAAAAAUUUUUGCUUUCCAGAUCUCCUACGUAUUCGACAACCCAUGCACAAUAAUAAUGGCUGUGAUAACGGCAGUUUGGGCCACUACUUUCCUAGAGAGUUGGGGUCGUUUUGCGUGGCAGUUGAAGUACAGAUGGCAGUUGUUAGGACACGAAGAAGAAGAUGAACUAAUCAGACCUCAAUAUCAAUACAAGUACAUGAAGAAACGUCAAAAUUCAGUAAGGGAAGACUUUGAAGAUACGGAUUACAUGGUGAAGAAGUCACUGUUCUCUCAAAUCGUCGCCAUCUCGGUUUCCUGGCUUACUGCACUCUUUUUUGUAAGUUUGGGCUCAAAGUAGGAUAACUAAGGGGUAGUAUGGUGUUAUAGCUCCAGACCUGUAAAUAGGCCCCAAUUUAAAAAUAUUUGUUUAACUCUACUUUUACCCCUAAUAAACAAACUUUUUUACUUUUAGAUGCUUCUAAUUGUUGGAGCAUUAGUAGGAAUGUUGGUAUACCAAGUCAUUCUGACUAAACUGAUCCGCCCAUUUGAUCCUACAGUAGGCACAGUAAUCGUCUCAAUAUCAGGAGCAUCGAUCAACUUUAUCUUCAUCUUAAUCAUGGGCGUGGUGUACCAAAAGAUUGCUUAUCGACUAACUGAAUGGGAAUGCCCGAUGACUCAAAACCAGUUUGACAAUCAGUAUGCGGUCAAGGUGUUCUGUUUUCAAUUUGUCAACUACUAUUCAAGCAUCUUCUACAUUGCUUUCUUUCGUGGCAAGUUUAAUGGAGCACCACCGGUGAAUGAUGAACAUGACCUGAGUGGAGAUUACUGGCCAGGAAUAAGAUUGUUUGGUCAUAGAACGUCGGAAUGUAGUCCGGCUGGAUGUAUGGUGGAGUUGAUUAUACAACUGUUCGUUACCAUGUGUGGCAAACAGUUUUUGGGAUUGGUUGUGGAGGUGUUGUCACCGUAAGAUUACUGUUAUAAUGCGUUGUAGGGAGGGGUAUUAAGACGAAAGUGGGGAUGAGCUUUUUUGAAAUUGUGUUAAAAUUUUAGUUUUUAAGGUAGUGUGGCGAUAAGAUGGGGUAAGCUGAAGUAAGGCUAGGCAAGGUAAGGUACGGUAAGGUAAGGUAAGGAAGGUAAGGUAAGGUAAGGUAAGGUAAGGUAAGGUAAGGUAAGGUAAGGUAAGGUAAGGUAAGGUAUGGUAAGGUAAGGUAAGGUAAAGUAAGUUAAGGUAGAAUAUGGUAGGGAAGAGUAGUAUGGAAGGUAAAUUUCUUAUUUUCAGGACAGUAACCCACUGGUGGCGAGAAAGGCACGUGAAACAAAAAGGUGACAAAAUGGCCCCAAGAGACGAUGUUCAAUUGAUCAAAGAGAAUUUUGCAAUGAACGCCUUUUAUUCACAACAUUUGUUUCAGGAAUACGUGGAAAUGGGUAAAGAUAUUGGGUCAAGUAUCGAAUAAUAUGGGGGGGGGGGUGGAUUCACUCCCCAGAGCCAAUCCGGAAAAAAUUCCACAGGUAGGGGUAGGUCUGUACACGAAAAAUCGAAAAAAAAAUUUUUUUUGAAAAAUCGUGUGCAAAAAAAAUUUUUGGGUCUCCCCAGAAAAAAAUAAAUUUUAAGGUGGAGUAACGAAGGGGGGUAUAGAGUAGACUAUGGUAGGUUAGGGCGUGGUAGGACGUGGCAAGGUAGGGUAAAGUAGUGUAUGAGAGAGUAGAGCAGAGUAUAAAUUAGAAUAGUGUAGGCUAUGGUCAUGGUAGGACGGGGAUUGGUGAAGGUAAGAGCUAGGAUCAUGACUAGGCUAAGAUUGAUAAAAACUAAAGCGGGAAUGUUUAAAACAAUGAUUUUAGUGAUUCAAUUUGGAUUCUGUGCUAUGUUCACUGCAGCCUUCCCCCUGACUCCACUAUUUGCACUACUCAAUAAUUUGUUGGAAGUUCGAGGCGAUUCCUAUAAAUUGGUCAGGAUGUACCGACGGCCAGUCGCUUUAAUUUCAAAUGGCAUUGGCAUUUGGGCACAAAUUUUGAAUUUGUUGAGCAAUCUGUCUGUUUUCAUCAAUGUAAGUGGGAGGGGUAAAAAACGGAAAAAAUUUUGGGAGUGGGUUUUUAAAAUUUUUUGGGACGUGGUACUAAAAAAUGUUUUUGGGAUGGAUUUUUAAAUUGUUUUUGGGCGUGGUUUUAAUUUUUUUUAAUUUGAAAAGCAAGGGUGAAAAAAAUAAAAAAAAUAUGGGGGUGGAUCAAAAAUUAUUUUUUUUGGAAAAAAGUUAAAAUUUUUAAAAUUGUUUAUUUCCAAAAUUUCAGGCUAUGGUAAUAGCAUUUUCGUCCGAUUUGAUACCCAGACUGUUCCACAUGAUCGAGAAUGACUUUUCUCUUGAGACUUAUUGGAAUGUGACGUUGGAUUUGAUGACAAUGGAUGAAAACAAGUUUGCAGGUGAUCGACCAGUCAAUGCCACAAACUGUUAUUUUAGAAAUGAUUGGAAGAAGCUGGACAAACGAUGGUACAUGAUCAUGACAUUGAGAUUGGCAUUUGUACUGAUUUUGGAGGUAAAAUGACGUUUUUGAAUUUUUUCAGUUUUAAAGCGUUAUGAAAAAAUGGCAAGGGCUUUCUUUAUAAAAAACGAAAAUGAGCAAGAACUUUCUUUACAGAACAAAAAAUGACAAGAACUUUCUUUAUCAAACGAAAAAUGCAAGAACUUUCUUUACAAAACAAAAAAUGGCAAGAACUUUCUUUACAAAACAAGAAAUGGCAUGAACUUUGUUUACAAAACAAAAUAUAAAUUUUUUUACAUUUUAAAGAAAUAAAAAAAAUUCAUUUUUACCUAAAAUUUCUCUAUUUUCAGCACCUAGUACUAGGAAUAAAACGUCUUCUGGCCUGGAUGAUACCCGAUGUUCCGAAGAAGAUAGCAGCGAUGAUGAAGUACCACAAAUACCUGAAGAAGAAGGAAUUGAUGAAAAGCGAGGGCGUUUCGAAUGUCAUGCACUUGGCUUAUCAACCAGGCAAACAAAGCGCCGAUCAAACGUCAAGUUGA